AUGACCGCCCCACCGCUCUGCCACGGCGCCCGCGAGGCCACACGCCAGCGCGCCGCCGCCGACGCCACCACCAAGAUGGGGGUUGCCCAAACUUGUGGCGGCCGUGUGAUCUCUGGGCUCAGGAGGCGCUGGCUCGCCCCAGAAGCAGCCUCGAGGCACCGGCACCAGGACACCAAGUACAUCGCCGCCGUGGACUUCAACAGCCACGACUGCACGAACUACGAGUACGCCUACAUGGAGUACCACAGUCACUGCAUUGGGUACCUCGCCGGCGGAUGGCAGCCACUGGGCCUACACCCCGCGGUGGCGUACAUGGCAGACGCCCACGUCGAGGACAAGACCCAGGCGGCGGUCCGCGGCGGCAGGGCGCUGCCCUCCGAGGACUGCUUCGAGUCGGCCAUGUCCCUCGGCUGGAGGCAGGUUCCAGAAGAGUCAACAAAGCAGCCCGGGGCGAUGGGCCACCACUGCACGGUUCACAUCGCGCACAACCAGGAGCUGGACAUCUCCAGCAUCCGGGCCAGCUUCUCCCUCUUCCGGCCCGACCACCGCCAAUCCGGCGAGCGGCAGCCGGUGAGGGAGUUCGUGGACCAGGCCGUGGCCAAGGAGAUUGCGCAGAAGCGUAUGCGUGCCACGGCUGCCCCGAGCGGGCCAUGCUGGAGGCGGGCCGCGGCGGGCCUCCUUUUGACGGAUGACGCGGACGCGUCCCAGACCUCGCUGCCGCCCGGGACCCGCCUGCAUGGCCCAGGGUCGGCGAAGGACGGCAUCACGGGCCGCGCGCGCAUCAGCACGGUGAAGUCGCACGCAGGUGUCGACACGAGCGACAGACUUCCCGCGCGACUGGAGGCGCAGCAGGUCGUCGCGAACGUGGAGAUGCUCCGCGGCGUGGGCAAGGGGCCGACGACGAGGGCCGCGCGUGUCCACAGCGCGUUCAUUGGAGCGGCAUGGGCGCUGCUGCGCUUCGACGACCACAGUUGGCUCCCGCCGCAGCGCCUCGAUUUCGUGGACGGGAGACUGACGGCCACGCUGGCACGCAACGAAGCUAGAGGAACAGGAUGCAAGAUGCCGGAGCUGCCGCUCGCGGUAUUCCGCGGGUGCUACAUGCUGGACCCAGCGGAGCACGGACGUGGCAACUCCGACAUGGUAGCUGGACGAACAUACAGAUCCGCGACGGAGAGCAAGGUGGCCAUGCUCCACAAGAUCGGGGGCUGUGACUGGGCGAACGACAGGUCGCCGCUGAACUCGACCUACAUCGACGAUGCGCCAGACCCGAAAGACUUCGACGUGGCCUGCCAGAUGUGCGGCGCCGCCCGCGCGGCCGUGGGGCCCACCGGCGCGGCCGCCGGGCCCGCUGGUGGCCGCGGGGCGCUCGGCAGAUGCGCGCUCGGCGGCGCCGGCGCGGUGUGGCUGGCAGCGGCGGCGGCCCUCGGCGCAGCGCCGGAGGCGCGCGUCGCCCGCGCCUGCGGCGGCGCCGAGGCGGACGAGGAGGGCGCGCCGCCGCCGGGCGGCGACUCGGAGGAGGAGCAGGUCCGCAGGGCACGGCGCCGCCUGGAGAGGCUGGUCGGCGUGGGGAGCCCCCGCGCGGACGAGGAGCCCUUCUGGGCCUCCGCGGAGGUGGCGCUCGGCCGCGACGGCCUGCCGCCCGUGGGCGCCGUGCUGCUGGCCAACCCGGACGCGUUCGCGGCCGCCCCGGAGGUGCCCGCGGCUUGCCUCCGCACCGAGUUCCCGCCCCCGCCGCGCGGCGCCGAGCGGCGGGAGCGCGCGCAGCUGCCCGUGGUGCUCCUCACGAGGCGCGACGAGGAGGGCACCUUCGGGGUGCUCCUGUGCUGGUGGACGGGGAGACUGCUGGGCGACCUGAGGGGAGGCAACUUCGACGAGUUCAUGACGCGGCCGCUGUACUUCGGCGGGGGCUCUCGUCUCGAUGUGUGGUCGAUGCUGCACUCCUACCCCGACCUGCCCGGCGCGCGGCAGAUCACGGAGGACGGGCUGGCCGUGAGCCACGUCUUCGAGGACGCCCGCAGGUGGGUCGCAGACGGCCCAGGUUCUUCGCUGCGCUUCCGCUUCUUCCGCGACCAAGUGCACUGAGCACCGGGCUUCGAGGACGAGCUGGCGCCGCAGGCCGGAGCGUGGCUGCCGGUGCGGUGCAGCCGCGACUUGCUUCUGCGGGAGCCCGACUCGUCGUUCGAGGAGAGCGUCUGGGUCCAGCUCGCCGCGCGCGCGGGCGGGGCGCCCGCCGCGGCGGCGCGGCGCAGCCGCCUGCUGCCCGAGGGGCCGUGAGAGCCGAGCCGUGGGCGGCCCGCCGCGGGGGCCAGCGCUGCCUUUUUCGGGGGCUGCUCGCGGGCGGGAAACACGUCGAGCAGUGGCGAGGCGUCCGGACCUGCCUGUAGGGCCUCCCUAAUCGAAGGGUCUGCGUCUGCGAGGGCCAGCGGACCCCGCGCGGCAUGGCAUUGGACACUGUCAGCCAAGCGGUGGAAACGACGUUGCGGGGCAUCGAGGACAUCUCUGCCCUGG